CAACCUUCCGGCGUCUUAACUAACUCGGGCUGGUUUGGCCCCGGAGUCUUUUGGGGACGGGGGAAUACGUCAUCACGUGUCGACGUGAGCGGCGUUAUUUCGGCGUUAUCACAGCUUCCGGCGGAUCCUGGAUGUUGAUGUCCUGCCUUUGACGCCGUGGUGCCCUCGAAGCUGAGCGAGCUCCGGCCGAGCGCGGGGAAAUUCUAGCGUUUGCUGUGGUAACCUCAUCACCCCGCCAGGAUGGCGAUGCAAGCGGCCAAGCGGGCGAACAUUCGCCUUCCACCUGAAGUAAAUCGGAUUUUGUAUAUAAGAAAUUUGCCCUACAAAAUCACAGCUGAAGAAAUGUAUGAUAUAUUUGGGAAAUAUGGACCUAUUCGUCAAAUCAGAGUGGGGAAUACACCUGAAACCAGAGGAACAGCUUAUGUGGUCUAUGAAGACAUCUUUGAUGCCAAGAAUGCUUGUGAUCACCUGUCAGGAUUCAAUGUUUGUAACAGAUACCUCGUGGUUUUGUACUAUAAUGCCAACAGGGCAUUUCAGAAGAUGGACACAAAGAAAAAGGAAGAACAGUUGAAGCUUCUCAAGGAGAAGUAUGGCAUCAACACAGAUCCACCAAAGUAAACAUUUUCUAUGUUUUCGUUUUGGACUGAAACCCAUGAAUCACCACCACCCCGUUUUUCAGUUUUUAAUUAAUAUUGAGUACUGUGAUUUCUUAUUAGAAAUGCAAAAUGUCCUGCUUGAAACUUUGAUACAUGUUAGAAUAUGUUAUGUUAGUAAACUUGUAGCUUUUUGUAAAACAUAUCAGUGUUUUCUCUUGGACUUUCCUCUCCUGUUUGAUACCAGAAAAACAAAACCCAACAUUUGAAACUUAUCAAGAAUUGUUUGGUGGUCGGUGAGCUUUUUGAGAGCAGGGACUAAGCAGGGACUUUUUUUGUAUUCUUAAUGCCUUCAGUGUCCAGUCCAGUGCUUAGCCAUCAGGGGAACUUGGUGUCAUUUAUUGAAUGUCUGUUAAUGAUGAAAUCUUCAUAACAACUCAGUGAAGGAGGUAUCUCCAUUUUGCAGAUAAGGAAAUCAAAGUUCAUCAUAUUUGAAUGAAUAAAAUGCUUACAUUAAAAGCUGCUGUAAUAUUAACCACACCAGUACAUUUGAAUAAUACUUACUUUACAGUUAACAAAACUCCUUUGUACCCUUGUCCUUUGAACAGAGGUUUAUUCCAGAAAUGGCCAUUCAGAUUACAGCACAAUGUUAAAAACUUGAGAGCAAGCUGCUUGGGUAGUGGUGUUGGUUGUUACGUAUGUCAGAUUGUAUUUAUGUAGUCUCUCUGUUUAGUUAAUAAGUGUCUGUGUAUAUUUUGGACCUAAGCUCAUAGCAUAUCUUUGCUGUAAAUAAAAUACUUAAUGGUUAGUCUUAUAA